AUAAGUUACAAUGGGGAAGUACCGCGUCCACUGGUGUUAUUUCCCCUUUCGAAAACUCACCCGCAACUUUAGGAGGUGCUCUCCCUCCAAAAGAACUUUGAUUAUAGCGAUUCUGUGUUUGGGCAACUUGUUAUUUUUGGUUUUAAAAGUUGGGCAUUUAGAGCAACCCCGGAGCAGAAGGAGUAACGAGGAGCAGAAGCGGCGCACCCGCGGCGAGCAUCACUUAGACGGUGAACUACCGGCCACUUCUGACCUGCAAACCCAAGCUAGUUUGGAGGUCCCGACCCUGUUCAAUGUGGUUUACGUAACGCUAAAGUUCAAGCGUCUUAAACCAGCAAAUAUUCGAGGUACAAUCCGACCAAAGCUGAGAAAGAAAGUGAGAAGAAAGACAGUUGAUCCAACAAUUACGCAGCGCAAACGAUUCAGCGUGGAAGGGGAAGCGGGCCAAGUAAACCGCAGCACUGGACUUAAGACAUCGAGGAACGGGGGAAGUCUUGUGGACUUCUCCUCAAAGUCUUACAACGAUGGAACAGACCCUCAUUUUAGUAGUAUCCGAAUUUACAGCGAAAUGGCACCUCCGUGGUUCAGCGCACAGGACGUGAACAGCAUGCGCUUUCUUGGGAAUGCCAAAGUUUUGCGCAUAAAAGAAAUCCCUCGUCUGGACGCACCGUCCCUCAUGAUAUUUGAGGGUGCAGACAUGGACCGUCUGGUCAGUCAAAAACACGUGAAUAGAAAUAAUAUAUGUGGAGGCCAGUGCGGAAUUAUCCACUGCUCCGUGGGAAGCACGGAGGUAUUUGCUUUCCAUUUGGAUAGGGUGCUUGGCAUCAAUAGGACAAUACCUGCAGUAAGCAGAAAGUUUGGCUUUUUGAACGAUGGCCAGGCCUGCCAGGUGGUUCUAUGGGAUGUAUUGCUGUACCCCAAAGACCUUUCUGCAGGCCCAGCUACUGUGAUGAUGACAUGGAGGGAGUACCAGAACUCCCUGACGCAGAGAUGUUGGCAAAAAAAUGUCAAUCCAAAGUCCAACUCUGGAUGCUCUUCAAUUUAUCACACUGAAUGGAGCAAAUUAGCUCUUUUUGACUUUUUGCUACAGAUUCACAGCCGUCUGGAUCCGAGCUGCUGCGGAUUCAGACCACGGCAGGAGAACAUGUGUGUUCAACCGGGCCGCCAUGAUGUGUGUAAGGACCAGGAAAACAUACAACUGGAAAAUAUUGUGCACAGGGAACAUGACCUCAGACACCUGGUCUUCACCAACAACAAAGGGUCCUUUGACCCUGAUGAGGACAAUCUAGACUUCAGGCUUCUGGAAGGAAUCAAGGAGCUGCCUGAGCAGGCCGUGUCUGUGCUGAGAAACAGGAAGCUGAGGGAAAAACUUCUCCAGUCGCUCUUUCUGGACCAGAUGUACUGGGAAAGUCAGGGCGGCCGACGGGGCAUCGACAAACUGAUCGAUGUGAUUGAGAGGCGAGCCAACAUCCUCCUCACCUACAUCAAUGCUCAUGGGAUCAAAGUUAUGCCGAUGAAUGAUUGAUUUAUAUUUUCAAUUUUUAAAUGACAGAAAUCUUAUUUAAAAUAAUAAAAUCUGCACCUAAAUUUAAGUAAAUAUGAAAAAAAUAGAAGAACAAUAAUUUGUUACAGAAGCUUUAAACUUGAUUUGUGUUGCCUUUAUCUUAUUCCAAAGUGCAAGAGUCAGCAUUGUCAGACAAAAACUCUUAACAAUGGUAAAAACACAACCAUUUGUUAUGUGUUUUUGUAUCAAAAUAUACAACUGAGUAGCUACAUUGAGCCACAAAGCAAUGAAGAGCUAAAACCCUUUGUACUGAUUUUUCACACAAAGGCAUAGAUGCAAACAUCAUGGUAAAGUCAUUGCUCAAGACUGUCAGCAAGAGCAAAAAAAUGAGUUCUGUGGAGGAAGAAUGGAAAACAGAAAGCAUCAGGCAGCUAAUUUCCAUGAAAGCAAUUGAGAAAUCAGUGGCUUGGGAAUCCUCUUCACAAUGUUUCACACAGCUCUUUUCACUUUUCUGUAAGCCCUUUUAUCUUGUGUGAUUUUUUUACUUCAGUUUAAAAAAAAUCAUUGUGAAAUCAUUUUGCUCAUUGUGAUGUAGUUUCAAUGAAAUACUAAAAAUCGGAAAAAUAGACACCGUUGGGGUUAAUUUUUACAGUCAAAAUUUGAUGUUCCUGAAUAAAUUAACAGAAUAUUUCCCUCUAGAAUACAACAAUGUACAUACGUGGAGAAUUGUUCUAUUUUUCUCUGUUUUUCAAAAUGCAGAAGUAUUUUUUUUGUGUGUGAGAUUAUGACUAGCAUGUAACAUUGUCAUAUGAAAUGUGUAAAUAUGCUUUUGGACAAAAAAACCAUUGAUUUUAAUCAACAUUUUAGGAAUGAAUUGGAAUCAUGCCUCAUUCAGAGACCAAAAAGUGAAGCCCACCUCCUCAGCAGAUGCUGUUACAUUUGAAAGAAAUCAACAUGUUUGUUUUUAUUGCUUUAAGUGUGGAUCACAUUUUUAAUUAUAGAGCUUAAAUUUUAGGUUGUUGCUAAAGCUGACUGAAUUCAAGCAUAUGGAAAAUAGUUGAAGCUUUGAGAAGAAUUAAAUUCCAGUCAGUAGAUUGGGGAGAUUCACAAAGUGUGGACUGCAGCUGGAGUUAAAGAACCAACAGUAAAGGAGCAUGAAGAACAUUGUCUAUAACUGUCACGUUUCUUGUCUUAAGCCACUUCUGAGACUAAAAAACUACAAAAAACAACACAAACUAUGGAGAAAGAAGAUGUACUGUUGUAAACCCCCCAAAAAUAUUUUAUUUAAUUGGUUUUAUGUUA